AUGUCACAGACUGAAUGGUCUUUAGAUAUCUCCGAUUCAAACCAAAUAUCAUUCGAUGGACCUUCAGCCAUCCAUAAGUCUGUUUAUUCAAUUCCAUAUUCAGAACCUUCAAACUCAUUUGUUUGCAUAUGUUGUAAUACACUUUUCUUUGCAGAAAAGAAUAUAUUGCGUUAUUGUUCAUUUGGAAGUGAUAAAAUUGAACGUAUUGAAUUAACUAAACCAAUAAUUCAUCUUGCCUCUCUUGAUGAAGGAAUUGUUGUGAUUUGUGAAGAUUAUAUUAUUAUUUAUAAUGUUAAAAGUGGAUUUUUUGAGAGACGUAAAUAUUCAAAUUAUAAUAAAGUUAUUGUGCAUUGUAAUGUUUCAUCAAAUGGUCAAACUAUAUUUUUUAUGACAGACUCAGCAGUAAUUAGUAUGAGUUGGCCAGAAAUGGAAAAUCAACAACGUCUUUCAUUUAUAGAGACAGACACUCAAUUACAAAACAUUAAACAAAUAGCAGGAGAAGACAAGUUAAUUCUUGUUUAUGGUAUUUCUCUUUCAGCUUUUCUUUGUAUUUUUGAAACAAAAGCUGUAAUUGCAACAACAACAAAAAUGUUAUUAGUGAAUAUUACUUUCGAUGAUCUUGUUGUUGAUUGUAUUCAUGCAAAAAACAGGCUAUUUAUUCAAACCCAAAAAGAGUUUUUAGUCUUUGAACAAAAGAUUAGUUCUUUAGAUAAAUUAAAAAAGUUAGGUUCAUGGAAAAUUCCUGAUAAUACACAAUGUAAAUUAAACCCUUACGGUGCUUCUUUCUUAAAUGCCAAAACCUGUGUGUUUUUUAGAUGGACUUCUGAUAUGAAACAACCUCAUAUUGACCGAAUUGUAUUUGGAAGUAAUUUUGUUAACAUUAUUACUGUUGUUAAUAAAAAUCAAAUUAUUUCAAAGACUUUAGGUGGGUUUUUACUUAGUGAAAUCCCUGAAAUUGACAAAGCAGAAAUAAGAGAAACUAAAAAAGUUGAAAAGAAAAAAGUCGAUGAAGAACAACCUUCUGUACCACCACAACAACAAGUUAAACCUCAAACCGAAAUUGAAGAAUCUCAAGAAGGUUUAAAAAAAGAAAUACCAAAAAAUAAAGACAUUGAAAUAUCUAGUAGUAAAAUUAAUAUCAGUAAUAAUGCUCCUUCUCCUGUACCUGUUGUUGUACCUGAAAAUGAUCAAACAAUAAGAGCUCCAACACCAAAAAAUAUAACUAAAAGAAAAGAAAUUGAUAAAGAAAAGGAAUUAAAAAGAAGAAAAAUAUUAGAAAAAUUUAAUCAAACAAAUCAGUCAUUAGCAAAAGUUGUUUCUUUCCUUAAAGGAUUAGAAGAAAAGCCAUAUUGUUCUGAGUUACCAGAUAUAUUAAAGCAACUUAAAUUUUAA